GACAACUCUUUCCGUGACUUUCCGACUUCUCGGGAAUUUUCCUAUCCCUAAGCAAGAAAGAAAAAUGGCUGCACAAUAUGUUGCUUCUGCUGGUUUAACCGCAGUAUUUCACCCAAUAGGAUACGCCAAAGUUUUAAUACAGCUUGGACAUGAACCAUUAGACCCAGGAUUGACUAAAACAUGGUUUGGACUUGGCAAAGAAAAGUUUUGUUAUCCAAAUAUUUUUAAAUAUAUUGGACACAUUUACAAAACAGAUGGCUUUCUUGGCUUAUAUAGAGGUGUUGGACCAAGAAUUUUAAGUGGUUUUGUAGGAAACUAUGUUGAUAAAAUUGUGCUCAAGGCCGUUAAAGGCCAAAGACUGGGAGCCAAAUCAGAACCAACAGAACUAGAAGCCAAUGAUGAACUUAUAGUGUGGUGCAAAACAUUCUUUAAACAGACAUCAGAAGAAGUAUUAGCCAAAUGUUGUGGUGUACUAGCAAGUCAACCUUUACAUGUUAUUAUGAUCAGACAGAUGGCACAGUUUGUAGGUGGAGAGACAGAAUACAACUCAAUAUUUUCAUCCGUAACAGAAAUUUAUCACAAUGAUGGAAUAUUUGGUUACUUUGCUGGUUUGGCACCCAGAGUAAUAGGAGAAAUGUUAUUAAUAUUUGUUUCUAAUUUCGUAUCACAACUUUUCAACAAAUAUUUUGUAGAAGACAAGGAGUUACAGACAUACUGUGGUGCUGGGUUUGGGUUACUUUUUGGUCAGUUUACAUAUCCAUUUCAAUUAGCUAGUAAUGUGAUGGCUGUCAAUAAUGCAGGUUUGGUUGUUAGCCGUUACCCAUUCAUGGACAACUACACAUCAUGGGUUGAUUGCAUGCUAAGUCUCAGAGGAAGGGGUCUGUCACACAGAGGAAGUGCCAUGUUCUUUAGAUAUGUGAAAGGAGAAUCCGGAAUUUCACCCUCAGUUUUUGUAGCUGGAUCCAAACAGUUUUAAUAAUUCAUGUGAACCAGACAAUAGUAAACUACAGCAGCUAAAGUAUCAAAGUGUUUAAAGGUUGCAGGUUUCUGAACAUUAUUAUAUAGCUGUGAACAUCUCUGUAAGACAUCAAGUGCCAUUUGGAAAUAAAAUGAAAUUAUUUGUGAAUUUCUUGGAAUUAUGCUUUCAAUUAAGACUCAUUUUUUUCUGUUGACAGUUUUAUUUCUUUAUUUAAACUUCAUUUAUUUUCACUCCAGGAAAAAUUCUUGUAAAAUGGAAUGAAAAUUGUUUUUAACCUAACAAGUAGUAAUGGCAAUUAAGAUUAAGGUAUUUUCAUUUUUGCAAUUUGGUUGUGAAUUUUUUUCAUAUACCCCAAGAAUUUUUGAAUUUCCCUCAAAUUCAUAAUCUAUCAAAGGUCUUAUUCCUGUUAAGUUUACUUUUUAGCUCACCUGGCCCAAAGGGCCAAGUGAGCUUUUCUCAUCACUUUGCGUCCGGCGUCCGGCGUCGU